AUGACCAAACAAGUCUUAAGAGCUCAAACAAAAGUUGUGCUUAGGGCAAUUCCUCAAAAUGAACUUCAAUUACAAUCGAGACAACUGUUACAGGCUCUUGAGCCUAUAAUUAUGAAAUACAACGUAUUUGGAUGCUAUGUUAAUAUGGAUGUUGCAGAAGCGCAGACAGGUUUUAUCUUGAGAAGAAUAUUUGCAUUGAAAAAAUCUGUCUAUCUUCCACGAUGUACUUCAACAAAGAUUACAGGGCAAGUGCCAUUGGUGGGCAAUAAAGUAUCACAUCCGCAUCUUACCUUUCAUGAAGUACAUUCCAUGGAGCAAGUGGAGGAUCUGAAACCCUCGGGGAAGUAUGGAUUACGGGAGCCACCAGAUGAUGGAUUGCCACCCUUACCACCGGCUGAUAUUGAAGUUCUUUUAAUUCCUGGCGUUGCAUUUGAUCUUUCGAAUGGGGGUCGAAUAGGCCAUGGUGCUGGGUUUUAUGACGACUAUGUACAUAGGUGUUUGCACUACAAUCAUAAGGUACCCCUAUUGGUUGGUCUUGCGCUCAAGCAACAGAUUGUGAUUGGUUUGCCAAUGGAAACUCACGACGAGCCUAUGGACGCCAUUGCCUGUGGGGAUGGCUCUUUGCAUUGGAUUCGUAGGCUAUAA